AUGGGGGAGGCGGCGAUGGCCGCGGAGCCUUGCCCGCUGCGCGAGGAUAGCUUCACGCGCUUCUCGUCGCAGAGCAACGUGUACGGGCUGGCGGGCGGUGCGGGCGGGCGCGGGGAGCUGCUGGCCGCCACCCUUAAAGGCAAGGUGCUGGGCUUCCGCUACCAAGACCUCCGACAGAAAAUCCGGCCUGUGGCCAAGGAGCUGCAGUUCAAUUACAUACCCGUGGAUGCCGAAAUUGUCUCCAUCGACACCUUCAACAAGUCGCCCCCAAAGCGGGGCCUGGUGGUGGGGAUCACGUUCAUCAAGGAUUCAGGAGACAAAGGGAGCCCCUUCCUUAACAUUUACUGUGACUACGAGCCUGGCUCUGAGUACAACCUUGAUUCCAUUGCCCAAAGCUGCCUGAACCUGGAGCUGCGGUUCACCCCUUUCCAGCUGUGCCACGCAGAGGUCCAGGUCGGGGGUCACCUGGAGACCGUGUUUCUCCUGAGCGGGAACGACCCAGCCAUUCAUCUCUACAAGGAGAACGAGGGGCUCCAUCAGUUUGAGGAACAGCCUGUGGAAAACCUCUUCCCAGAACUCACGGACCUGACCAGUAGCGUCCUCUGGCUCGACGUCCACAACCUCCCCGGCACGUCCCGGCGGCUCUCAGCGCUCGGCUGUCAGAGUGGUUACGUCCGCGUGGCCCACGUGGACCAGCGGAGCCGAGAGGUUUUGCAGACAUGGACGGUCCUGCAGGAUGGCCCCAUCUCCCGGGUGAUCGUGUUUAGCCUCUCGGCUCCCAAGGAGGCCCAGGACAGGCCGCCGCGGGAGGAGUACGGCGUGCUCGUGGCCAGCAUGCUGGAGCCGGCCGUGGUGUACCGGGACCUGCUGAACCGGGGCCUGGAGGACCAGCUUCUCCUGCCUGGCAGUGACCAGUUUGACAGCGUCCUCUGUGGCCUGGUCACCGAUAUCGAUUUGGACGGGCAGCCAGAAGUCCUGGUGGCCACCUACGGACAGGAGCUGCUCUGCUACAAGUACUGCGGCCCCGAGGCCGGACCCGCCGAGGCCGGGCCUGGGUUCCGCCUGCUGUGGCGAAGGAGCUUCCCCAGCCCGCUGCUGGCCAUGGCGCACGUGGACCUGACCGGGGACGGGCUGCAGGAGCUCGCCGUGGUCUCCCUGAAGGGCGUGCACAUCCUGCAGCACAGCUUGAUCCAGGCCUCCCGGCUGGUCCUGAUGCGGCUUCGGCACCAAGUGGAGCAGAGGAGACGUCAGCCACGGAGGCUGGGCGACAAGGCGGGCCCGGGGCCUGCUGGGACAUAGGCCUCCUGAGCACCACCCGCUGCCCCCCGUUGGGGUACCCACCUGCAACGCCUCCUGGAGUAGGAAGGGUCCUGAAGGAGGAAAUGGCCUGCCCAGGCCCCCCAGGGAGCCGGGGCUGCGGGUUCCUGCACGGCCCUGCCCCGGCUGCCCGGCGACCUCGCCUGACGCUCUCCUCCGGGCCUCAGGGUCCCACUUGAAAUUGGCGUGGUCUCACCCACCCCCCUCCUGCUCAAGGUGAGAAUCGACCGGCCGCCGAUGAUUUUUAUGCCCAAAGGAACUGAACUUUCCAUUGUCUUUAUCGUUCUGUUCAGCAAGCGUUGGACGAGAGCCUGGCACCCUGGGCUGGGUGCUGGGCUCGCCCAGAAGAGGGAGGGGCAGGAGGUGAGGGAGAGAGGGUCUGAGGAUAGACCCGAGGCAGGACCAAGCAGGGUCCAGAGCCCAGGCCCCAGAGGAAAGAAAUGGCCCUCAGCCCCAGCAGAACGGCCGCGUGAAAGUGCAGUGUAGGGAGCAGGCCGCAAGGAAAGGCCUGAGGUUAGACCCCGGGGGGAGCUCGGACCUGAGAUUAGGGCCCAGUGGGCAGACAAGGAAAUCGGCCUCAGAGGAAAGGAUGGGGGUGGAAGGGACCCCUGAGGAGGCAGAGGGCCUGAGGCCCGGCCCCUGGGAAGGAUGUGGAGGUAGGACCCGGCAAAAUUUCUGUCGUUAGACCCCAGUGCCAGCCCCCGGCGGUGCUGAGGCGUGGCCCAGGGCGCACUGUGCCGUGAAGGGCCAGCCGUCCUGGGUGAGGGCCAGAGCGCUGGAGACAGGCCGGUGGCUGCAGCCCGCGGCUAUAGGAGCCGCUCUGCUCUGUGGCUCCAGGAGAAGGGGGCCAAGGCCUACAUCUCGGGGACCAGGGAGGACCAGGGUGGCGGACGAAGUUCCGCCCUCCCCCACCAGAGCCCAGGAAUAGAAUCCAGGUCAGGAGGGUCCAGGAGUAAUUCCUGAGCAGGAUCCAAGCCGGCGGGGAGGGUGGGCUCCUCCCCCCCUCAUCCCCCCAACCCCGGGCUGGAGGUUGGGUGGGAUGCUGCUUCCUGAGGGAGAGGCCACCCUGGCCACCUGCCUCCUCCCGCGGAAGUCCGCCCAUUGGUCCGCCCCCGAAGGUGGCGGCGGCGGCUGAGCCGCCAGCUCCCCACAGUGGGUUGUAGCCGGAGGCCCGCCGAUCCUCAGCAACCCUGUCUCCACAUCUCCCAGAACCCAGGCCCGGGUGUGGGAAGUGGCAGGGAGCAGACCCCCCUCCGCACGAGCAGGGUCUCCUCCGGCUGCCCGCCUGCUCCCCUGCCUGUCCUUCGUCCUGGGCAGGAGAGGGGGCCGAGGGCUCUGGGUGACAGGGCCUGUGAAGCGUGCACACCCGAGGAGGGGCGUGUCAGGUGUGUGUCCACGUCAGGGCUCUUGAAUUUGUCUUCCAAGAGCGUGGGCCACCGCCCUGGCCGGGGCGGCUCAGUGGACUGAGCGCCAGCCUGUGAACAGAAAGGUCGCCAGUGCGAUUCCCUUGGGUUGCCAACCGGGUCUGCAGAUGGGGACAAACGGGGGGGCAACCAACCUAUG